AUGGAGAUUCUCCCGUUUCAAAUCUACGAGAGCCUGAAGAGAUACUGGCGGAGGCGAAGAUAUCAACGGCUGAAUGGAGCUGGGAAGCGGAACAUGCGUGUCGUGAGGCUCGGAGGAAAUACUCGCCGAUCAUGGAGAGUACGGACGAUUCCUAAGCUGAGGCUGAAGAUCCCAUCGCCAAUUAAGAUCCUCUCUCGGAUUCGGGAUGCUUACAUGGACGCGAUGCUAGGGCUGGCGGGAAAUGGUGUUGACGCCUUUGGCGGGAGGAGGGUCCCGAAGGCGCGGGUUCCUUCGGCCAAAGUUGGGGAUUUUGAGAGCCGUUUGCUUUUCGAAAUCUGCAAGUCGAUUUCUGCUUCAAGGCAGUUAGCCGCCGUUUGA